GAGCGUGUGCGUGCGAGCGGGAGCGCGCCUGGAAUAUUCUCACGGAGGAACAUCGCGUCUGCUUUUAAACGCAUUCAAGAAUUAUUGUGUGUGUGUGUGUGUGUGUGGUGUCGGAUAGGAGAUGACACACACAUGAUGGAUCUCACUGAUCACACAUUUCGGGAGUGAUGGAAAACCUGCUGGGAAUCUAAACACACAGUUUACAGCCCGGAGUGUGAGAGCAGGACAUCAUCAUCAUCAUCAUCCUCACAGCACACAUGGAACUCUCGGCCCGGGGUAGAGCGCGGACGUUACCGGCGGACUCGACAGGGGCGUAGAGACAAGAGCAGCACAUCUGGAGGAAAAAAAUAAGCAGAGUGUGUGAGAGCUGAGAGGACCGUUGCCUGAAGGUCGGACCCACCAUCAGAAUUUAAUCACACACACAAUAAUGAAGAUUAAGUACACCAUCUCCUUGGUGUUCAUCGUGGCUGUGGUCAUCAUCGAGAAGGAGAACAACAUCAUCUCCAAGGUCUCGGACAAGCUCUCUCUGAAGCAGACGCCCCAGACUCCACUCCAGACCAGCAGAUCGUAUUUGGAAUUUUUCCGACAGAAUGACUCCGGUGUCCUGUCCGAGCUCGAUGUCUCAUCCUAUCUGGAAAUGAAAUGGCGCUUGGAGAACAUCACCGAGCCCAGCGAAGGAGGGAAACACAUACUACUCCUGGCUACGACACGCACAGGUUCCUCAUUUGUGGGCGAGUUUUUUAACCAGCACGGCACCAACAUGUUCUACCUGUUCGAGCCUCUUUGGCACGUGGAGCGCAUGCUUACUCUGGAGGGUGGAGGGACCAACGGUACGGUUUUGACGCAGGCUUACCGUGAAGUUCUCCGCCAGCUCUUCUUGUGUGACUUCUCGAUGCUGGAGAACUUUAUCGAGCCUCCACCAGAGGAUCAUGUAACGACAGGACUGUUUCGCCGCGAGUCCAGCAAGUCAUUAUGCAGCGAUCCUGUCUGCACGCCAUUUGUGAAGAAGGGUUAUGAGCCCUACCAUUGCCGUAACCGGCGAUGCGGUCCACUGAACUUCACACUAGCAUCUCAGUCAUGUCUGGAGAAGGAGCAUCAUACCAUAAAAUCUGUAAGAAUUAGGCAACUAGAGACGCUACGAUCAUUAACAGAAGAUCCACGAUUGGAUUUGAAGGUUAUCCAGCUGGUUCGUGAUCCCAGAGCCAUGUUAGCGUCCCGCAUGGUGGCUUUUGCGAACAAAUACGAACACUGGAAGGGGUUGACCAUGGACGGAGACAUUCCUGAGAAUGACAACGAAGUAAGGAAGCUUAAAGGGAACUGUGAGAACAUCCGCAUGUCUGCUGAAGUGGGUCUCAAACAGCCCCUGUGGUUGCAUGGACGAUACAUGCUAGUGCGUUACGAGGAUAUCGCCAUGUUUCCUAUGCUCAAAGCAGCUGAGAUGUACCGGUUUACUGGCAUCCCGUUUACUGACCAAGUGAAGGAGUGGAUCUUGAGGAAUACGCAAGCGUCUGAUAAGGCUAGCGGAGUGUACUCCACCCAGAAAAACUCAUCACAGCAGGUGGAAAAAUGGAGAUUUAGUAUGCCGUUUAAACUUGCGAAGAUGGUUCAGAAAGUUUGUGGCCCCACCAUGAAUUUGUUUGGGUACACGUUUGCCGAAAGUGAAGAGAUGCUGACUGACAAAUCAAUAAGUUUGAUAGAAGACAGGACUUUCUUAUGACCAUGGAACCAACUGUUUUACAAAGACGUUUAUUUUAGAAAUAAUUUUAUUUAUUGUGGAGAUUUGGCCAAGGACAAGGACAAGUGUGAAAAGAUCCAACGUACAGCCACAAUCUCUAUCACGCUAACAAACAUCAUGUGAAAAAAAAAACUGUUAUUAUUUUACUGUUAGGUUUCUGUGGGUUUUCAUGUCCAUAAAUUAAACGUAUCAUGUAGUGAAUCUUUAAAAAAAUGACAUUAGCAAAACUUUUUCUAUUUUGUUCGCAAAAACUGUUUGUUUUAUGCCAAAAUUCUACCAAAAGCAUGAAUGCUAAUGUUGCUGUGCAUGUGUAUGCUAAUGGCCAGAAUCAAGGACAAUUUCAGUUCUUGGAAUGCUAACACAUGUUUCAUUAUCAUAGCCUGGACCAUUACCUGCCUCAGAAAAUAGCUGGGGUAAUAAGUUUGCUAAUAAUAUCUGUCAAUUUCAGACAUGAUAGCAAUGAUCUCUGAAUGCUCUAUGGUUGUGUAGAUGCUAUGUCAAGGCAUAUGCUUGUUUUGUAUGUGAAAAUCUUUUUUUUUUUUUCUUUCUCCACUUUUAGCUUGCUAAGUGUCUGGGUUUUUUUUUU